AUGAUUGGCACAUCAUCACUCGAGUACGUAUGGGUAGUGACCUGGGUCAUCGUCUUACACUCAAUCGGUCCCCUGUGCGCUAUCUACUGCGCCACGGCCACGUUCUUACCGAAAUACUUGCGCGCCUGGAGAUACCUUGAAUACUUGGCAGUGACAGAGACGGUGUUCUACUUCAUAACUUAUGCUUACCGGAAACACCACCUUCAGCAUCCAGCGCUUCAUCCUUCUCCUCUUUCGAAAGAGCAAAGAAGUCAGCGCUUUCACCUUUGCUUUGAUAAUUCUCAAGAUUUUGCUACAUCUUUCUUAAGAUGGUUCUUGGACACGCCUAUUGAUGCUCUCAAAAGAGAGAACGUAAAGGAGUGGCUCCGCUGGGCUUUUCUGAACACGGAAACCGCCGACCCCAACCACGACGACGAGUUGGACACAUAUGUAAAGCACCUCGAGGCGAAACUCGGGGUGGAUUUUGAGCCCGGAAGGGCCAACGUGCAGAGUAUACGGUUGACGCUAGAUAGAGUCGACGCGCUCCAUCGGAGUUUAACCUGGUAUGCGUGCGUCUCCGUGGUCGAUGUCCUGACACAUGUUUAUAUGUGCGUCCACGGUUUCCAUUUCUACCGUGGCUCCAUUGCGCAUUCCAUUAGCAUCAUGCCUCCCAGGCCACAAGCGCUCACUACUACCCACCGAUCGCCAAACCGGAACAUGAGUUACUGGUACCAGCCUCACACGUCCCAAAAGGAGCUCCCGAUAGUGUUCCUCCAUGGUAUCGGAGUUGGUCUAUAUCCAUACAUGCCACUUCUCAAGGAAGUGAAUAUGUGCCGCCAGAACGAGGAUGGGAAGAUUGGAAUCCUCGCGGUCGAGAUCUUGGCUAUAUCGUCUCGAAUCACGGCCACUGCACCUCGAAAGGAAGAUAUGUGUAAUCAGCUUCGGUCGGUUCUACGUUACCAUGGAAUCGAAAGAUUUGUCCUGGUGUCGCACUCAUAUGGUUCAGUCAUCAGCACACACCUCCUAAAGACACCUGAUUUAGCCCGCCAGAUUUCGUCGGUUAUCCUAGUGGAUCCUGUUUCCAUACUUUUGCAUCAACCAGAUCUGGUAUACAACUUUACUGUCCGCACACCCAAAUUCGCCAAUGAAUGGCUGUUUUGGUAUUUCGGGUCGAAGGACAUUGGUGUGGCUCAUACACUCUCUCGCACAUUUUUUUGGGCAGAGAAUAUCUUGUGGAAGGAGGAUCUGUUCGUUCAUCAUGCAACUGUUUUUCUCUCCGGGAAGGACUCGAUCAUCAAUGCGCCACAGGUGCGCAGAUACUUGGAGGAUAUAGAAGAGCAUGGUGCAGACAAGGGCCCUGACCAAGAUGAGGCAAAAGGACAUGAACAAAGUAUGCCAGGUCUCCGUAAACGCGGUAGCUUGGAGGUGGUAUGGUGUGCUGAUCUUGAUCAUGGGCAGGUCUUUGACCUAGCUGCCUGGAGAGAGCGUUUGAAGAUUGAAAUCUUGAGGAAGGCACGGCGUGUAUGA